CCAUCAUCGGCAGCGCAUCACUUAUACCCCUUCCCUCGAUGCCCUGCUCUCUCACCCCCACCUCCACCGGCACCACGUCUUCCCCACCCUCAGACAAUCGCAAGCGCACCAUGUCCUUCUCCGCUCCGCAGCCCCGCAAGGCCGCGCGAAAAUUGCAACGCACGGCCUCGUAUAUAUCUUUGGAGGACAUGAACUCAGCAGUGGAGACGACACUCUAUGGGCGCGCCGGGGCACCCUCAUCUCCUCAUUCACGCUCGGAUCGUUCGACGGGUCCACAUACACGCAGCUUGCGGUAUUACAAGGAGGAGCGCGAGCGGCGUAAAGCGUCGUUGCGCUCUUCCACCAGUCCUACGCCUGUCGCCCAGCCCGUAAUUGUCAUCCAGCCCUCGCUCCCCCCUUCUCACAUUCCAAUGCUAAGCUCACGCACAUCGUCGCCGCUCGCGCCGAGACCAUCCGUUCUACCCGCCCGUGCGGCGUUCCCACGCUCCAAACCCGAGCCCGACCUCUACCGUGUGGCCAUCACUACUCGCAUGCGCAUGUCUCCGGAAGGACGGAAGAUACUCUACAUGGGCCCACGCCUCGCCUUAUCGAUGCACUCCGCAAACCGCGAGCUGGACCGAUCGCUGUUUGCGGCGACGAAUGACCUGGAGCAGCUGGUCGCGGCGCAGAGGGACAGCGACGUCUCAAUGACGGAUGGCGAGGGGACUACGAGCAAGUCGUGGGUGGUCGUCCCGUCGGAGGACUGGGAGAUGAUUGAGUGCAGUGCGUAGGGGAGCACAGGCCAGGCGCCUAUGAUGAGGGCCAAGGAUCGAUGACGACCAAGAUGAUCUCAACACCGACUUCUGAAACCGAUGCCAGAAGGGCAUCUACACCUGGGAACAACGCUAUGUCACCUUUUUGAUUUGGGCAGACGGACAUUGCGCCUGUCCUAUUACUUAUUACAUUCGGUUCCCAUUUUCUUGCGCGCCGAGCGCAUUCGCUUCCUGGGAUUUCUAUCGAAGGGCCCCAUGUAUUGCACUUGGGAGGAAUACCGAUUGGACAAUGUUGCUAUGCUGUGUUGCUUUACUGUACUGUAUACGCUCUUUGUACGCUAGGGAUUUGUACGUAUUCCAUCUCAUGUUUGAAAGACAUACUUUGUUUCUCAAGCAUCUAUUUAUACAAACUUAAUAAGAUCAAGCUAGCAAGUCUACUUCAGACUCUGCAGCGAUAUUGUAGA